AUGUCCUGCCAGCAGAGCCAGCAGUGCGUCCCCAAGUGCCCUCCCAAGUGUCCUCCCAAGUGCUGCACCCCAAAAUGUCCUCCUAAGUGUCCCCCCAAGUGCCCUCCAGUUUCCUCCUGCUGCAGUGUCAGCUCUGGGGGCUGCUGUGGCUCUGGGGGUGGGGGCUGCUGUAGCUCUGGGGGUGGAGGCUGCUGCAGCUCAGGGGGUGGUGGCUGCUGCCUGAGCCACCACAGGUCCCACAGGCCUCGCCUCUUCAGACACAGAAGCUCUGGGGGUGGGGGCUGCUGUAGCUCAGGGGGCUCCAGCUGCUGUGGAGGGGGCUCUGGAGGGGGCUCUAG